GUUAUUCCCUAUGUGCACUGGUACACAACCAAAGUUAGUGAUCUCUCCCAAAGUGCAGUGUUCAUUUUAGAUCAUAAUAAUAUUAUAUAACCACCGAUUAAGUUAUUAUUGAAAUCAGUCACAGUUCUCAAAUCACUUUCUGUUGUUCGACAAAGAAAAGUCGUUCCCAACCCUCUUGGUUCGCGCGGCAUUUUGAAUGACGCAUUCUCAUCCGGGCCUUGGCUAAGAGGAGCGAAAAGGGCUAUGGGGACGAGAAUGUGAAUGACAGUCACGAGUUUUGUUCACUUGCGUUACUUAUUGAUGCACUGCAAGACCUCCCACUUCUAAGCAUGUUUUCGUUUAAGCUGUGUUGGAUAGUUUUCGUGCUGGAUGCGACAUUGGCUUCGUAUAGAAGUGCCGAUUCUUUGAAUAAGAGGGUAAAUUCUUCCAGUGUCUUUCGUUUUGCAAACAUUUAUGGCGACCACAUGGUUCUACAGAUGAAACCCUUCAGCGCAAUGGUUUGGGGAUUCGGUCAAAUAGGCGAAAAAGUUGUCGUCCAGUUGGGGAGUGAAACUCAAACGACUGAGGUAGUCACAGGUCCUGAAGGGUCGGGCAUAUGGAAAGUUGCUUUAGAUUCUCAAGGUGCUGGUGGACCUCACACCAUAACAGCUACCUCAGUAGUGGAUGAUGUCGCAGAGACUAUAACACUGAAAGAUGUCUUGUUUGGUGAUGUUUGGGUUUGCAGUGGGCAAAGUAAUAUGGCAUUUACAGUUAGCCAGGUGAUAAAUGCUUCAAAGGCAAUUGAAGAGGCAAACAGUUACCCAGAAAUAAGAUUGUUUACAGCAUAUCAAAUAGAAUCAAGUACUCCUUUAUAUGAACUGAAAGAAGUCAAACAACCUUGGAGUGUAGCUUCAGCUGAAACUGUCAAUGGUGGUGCCUGGAACUAUUUCUCAGCUGUUUGUUGGUUUUAUGGUAAAAACCUUUAUGACCACUUUAAAAGACCUAUUGGAUUAAUUGCCACAUACUGGGGCGGCACCCCAGUUGAAGCUUGGUCCUCUCCAGAUGCUCUAAAGAAAUGCAACAUAACUGGAGAUAAAGUAGAUCACCUGUACUUGUCACCUGAAGAGGAGAAGUUCUUCAGCCCUAAUGAACACUCUGUAUUGUACAAUGCUAUGAUCCAUCCUCUCCUUAACAUGACCAUAUAUGGUGCAAUUUGGUAUCAAGGGGAAGCUAAUUCUCAUGAACCAUAUACAUACAACUGUACAUUUCCAGCCAUGAUUGAUGAUUGGCGAUCCAAGUGGUUUCAUGGCACAGAUGAACUCACAGCACCUGACUAUCCUUUUGGAUUUGUACAGUUGUCUGCCACUGGAAAUGAUUCAGUUGUUGCAGAUGGGUUUCCUGUUAUUCGCUGGGCUCAGACAGCCAACUAUGGUUAUGUUCCUAACCUCCGAGAACAAAAUGUGUUUAUGGCUGUUGCCAUGGAUUUGGGAAAUGCAUCAGCGCCAUAUGGCAGUAUUCACCCAAAUGAUAAACAAGAUGUCGGUUUCCGUUUGGCGCUUGCUGGACGAGCAGUUGCUUAUGGAGACAUUGAUGUAUAUUAUUCUGGGCCAAUUGUUUCUGAUGUCAUAUUUACUUCGGUGGCUAAUACAACAACUUGGAACACUACUGUGAAAUAUCAGCAUGAGAGUGUAGGUAAAGGAGGCAUUCAACUGAGAUCAGGACACGGAUUUGAGUACUACUGCACAUCGCUUGAACACGAGACACAAUCCAUGAUCACACAGGCCAAGAUUCUCUCGCGAGACUUCAACUCUGUAGGUUUGACUGGAGAAUGCCCUGCUCAGCAUGUUCUGAAAGGAUUGAGGUACGCGUGGUACACAAAGCCUUGUGAAUUCAAGAAAUGUGCUGUUUAUAGCAACGAGAAUGAGCUUCCAGGACCUCCGUUCACGUGGAAUGCACCGGUCUACAUACUUAAUCUAGUGUAUUUGUUAAUUAGUAUGUAUUUUGUGUUGAGGUACUUGUCACCUGAAGAGGAGAAGUUCUUCAGCCCUAAUGAACACUCUGUAUUGUACAAUGCUAUGAUCCAUCCUCUCCUUAACAUGACCAUAUAUGGUGCAAUUUGGUAUCAAGGGGAAGCUAAUUCUCAUGAACCAUAUACAUACAACUGUACAUUUCCAGCCAUGAUUGAUGAUUGGCGAUCCAAGUGGUUUCAUGGCACAGAUGAACUCACAGCACCUGACUAUCCUUUUGGAUUUGUACAGUUGUCUGCCACUGGAAAUGAUUCAGUUGUUGCAGAUGGGUUUCCUGUUAUUCGCUGGGCUCAGACAGCCAACUAUGGUUAUGUUCCUAACCUCCGAGAACAAAAUGUGUUUAUGGCUGUUGCCAUGGAUUUGGGAAAUGCAUCAGCGCCAUAUGGCAGUAUUCACCCAAAUGAUAAACAAGAUGUCGGUUUCCGUUUGGCGCUUGCUGGACGAGCAGUUGCUUAUGGAGACAUUGAUGUAUAUUAUUCUGGGCCAAUUGUUUCUGAUGUCAUAUUUACUUCGGUGGCUAAUACAACAACUUGGAACACUACUGUGAAAUAUCAGCAUGAGAGUGUAGGUAAAGGAGGCAUUCAACUGAGAUCAGGACACGGAUUUGAGUACUACUGCACAUCGCUUGAACACGAGACACAAUCCAUGAUCACACAGGCCAAGAUUCUCUCGCGAGACUUCAACUCUGUAGGUUUGACUGGAGAAUGCCCUGCUCAGCAUGUUCUGAAAGGAUUGAGGUACGCGUGGUACACAAAGCCUUGUGAAUUCAAGAAAUGUGCUGUUUAUAGCAACGAGAAUGAGCUUCCAGGACCUCCGUUCACGUGGAAUGCACCGGUCAACUGAGUUACACAAGGAGUGCGCAAGAUCAGUGUCGAUGGUGAUUUUUGUUUAAUUGAAUGUAAACUUUUCUAGGACGGUUAUUAGGUGAGAAAAGAGACUUUUUAAUCUAUGUUUUCAGUGACGAACAACUGCACCAUUGUUACGAUCCAAGAUCAAGACAAGCAAAACAACACAGUUUACAUAAUUGUAGAUUAUUAGUAUAUAGCUGCACUGGUAUCUUUGAAAGAAUAAAUAAUCUCCAAGAAGUUAUCAAGUAAACGACUGUAAUAUAGUCGAUAAAAGUGCCGUUUUUUGUCACUGACUUGUAUAUUCUAGCAAGACGUUGACGUCGACUAUGUCAUCUCUUGACUACAUUUACUCAAUUUUUAAACAAACGUCUGUAAUUCCUGUUUUAAUGUAGUAUACUUAGUGCAAACUAUCAAAUUACACAUAACUACAAUGCAAUAUACAAGAGAACAGAAAGAAAUUAACCCAUAAUCCCUAGGAAACCCCUUCAGCUUCGAGAGUCGAUUGAUCAUCCUGAAGUUGAUUUCAGAUCUGAAGAACAUACUGGGCAGCUUUCUGUCUCUCCCUAGCCCUACUUGCGGGUUCAGGUUAUAAUGUGGGCUGCAAUGGGACGCCUGACACGAGGCCAAAACUCGCGCGUGCUUAUUACGUUUUUCCUAAUCGAGUGUGAAGGGAAUCCUUGUACUGUGUUCUUGAUCUUAGAACUUCUUGCCACUAACCACUGUCUUUCACCCGUUUUGAGUGUUAAGUGCAUAGCUCGACAUGCUAUGUAACCUGGCCUACGUCAAAAAUGUAAGCACAACUGACUUCUUUAUGGUCGAACUCGA